CCUCCUUCCUUCCUCACCACCCACCACCACUUUCGCAGCGACAGAUACAAGCAGCAGCAGGUUUAGCUGGCAGGUCCACCCAUUCUCUCUGCUCCUCCUCUGUCCGUUGUUCAUAGAUAGCAUUUGGCAUCUUCCCCUCCUCCCCCCCUCCCCCCUUCCUCCCCCUCUUCCUCCUCACGCUCCGCUUGACGCAUCGCGUGCACGACAUCCAACACCUCUUCAUCUCUCAUCAGCAGCACCACUCGACCUGGCUCUGGAGCCAGCACCCCCUUCCUCACCACCACCACGUCGUCUUUAUAGCAACGAGAACCCACCUUCCUCGCCCCCCUCGUCGCCGUCCCCCCUCUACCUACCCCCCCAUCCCCCAUCCCCCCCUCGCCUCGCGAACAAUAAAAUCAACGCUCAGCCUGCAACCAGUUGACCCUCCCGUUCAUCGUCAUUGAGACACUCGAGAGGCAAUUGUGUAACCCGCUCAUACAGGCCCAAUCGUCAUCGCUACCGCGCCGCUCUUGCUCGCCCAGUUGAUGCUUUUGGCCACUGCUACUGAUACACGCACCCGUCCCGACCUAACGACCCAAUCCAUUGUCUUUGACGACACUGUGACUCUUUUAAAGACGCUGAGCAUCCCCCCUUCCCAAACGCUGCCUUCCCAUUCAAUUCAAACCAGUACACGACAAUUCAUUAUGGCUGCCCCAAUGGCUACCCCAAGCUACCUCAACGAAGAGGUUGAUUUCAUGACAAUGUUCACGAACCAGAACGACGACGGCGAGUCGGGUCCUGCUGUUGCACAGCUACCCUACGACUCGACCGUGCCUGCCCCCUCCCUCCCUCACGUCGACCCCCUUCACGUUUUCGACACUCCCGCUCUCACUCCAGCUGGCUGGUCACCGAUCGCCGCACACCGAGGACAGAUGACCCAUGCUCCGUACGGCUACCAGCCUCAGAUGUUCGCACCGCCUCACUUCCAGCCAGUGGUGACCCCAGUGGCUCAGUACGUCGAGCCCUCUGCCCUCCCCGGUGCUCGCCCGGCCAGUGCACCAACACCCAUGGCCCCGGCCGCUGGAUUUUCGGCUUUCAGUGGUGCCCCGGGUGUCUCGACCCCUCCUCCUGCGCCAACAAGCGAGGGUACCCGACCUCCUGCCACGGCCGCUACGACCACCUCGACGGGCAUUCCCAGCCCCGAGUCGGCCCCUGCCACCUCCCCGCUUUCCUCGGCUUCGGUGAAGAAUGAGCCUGUCGCUGCUACCGAGCGCGCUCAGGUUCGCCGCAAGCGCAAGCUUACCCCAGAGGACAAGCGCCGCAUCUGCGAAAUCUACCGUAACUCGCAGGGCAAGAUUCGUCAGGAGGACAUUGCCAAGGAGUACUCGGUCGACCGUUCGACAAUCUCGAAGAUUCUCAACCAGGAGGACCGCUGGCUCGACCCCGAGCAGCCCAACGCCAACGCCGCCCUUGCUCGUCGCCCCGGUGGCCGCUACCCUGCCAUUGAGGAGGCGAUUCACCGCUGGCUCGACGAGGCUGUGCUCGAGGGACGUGAGGUCAAGGACACUGAGGCCAGGGAAGAGGCGCUCAAGAUGGGUCUCCGUCUCGGACACCCUCACUUCCAGGCAUCAUCCAAGUGGUGGGACGGCGUCAAGCGCCGCCGCUUGGAGGAGGGCCGCUCCAUGCCUAACAUGCGUCGUGUCAACUCGCAGGUUCAGCCUCCUGUUGUUAUCCCCAGCGGUGGCCUCGUGCGCUCCUACUCGGCCAUGACGAUGGACGGUGCCGCCUUGCCGCAUGACGCAUACCACCAGUUCCCUAUGCACGCGGGUCCGAGCCACUACCAGCUGGUCGACCCUAGCGUCGGCGUGCCCCCUGGCAUGAUGCUCAUGCAGGCCAUGCCAAUUGGCGCACGUGCACGGUCGCAGUCGAACCCUCAGGCCAUGCCAGGAUACGUUGCCCAGCAGGCGCCAUCCUUCGGCCCCGCUCGCCACCAGCGUCCGUCGCCUCCUCGCCACUCGCCCGUCACCCCCUUGGGCCGUCACAACUCGUUCCACGGUGCUGCUACCGCCAACGAGUCACCUUCCCGCACUGCCGCUCUUUCACGAGCAAACUCGAGCCAGGGUCGCCGCUCCCCCCAUACACGAUUGGGAGCUUCGGCCUUCGGUCUCACACCGGUGCGCGGGCCGGAUCCCGCCCCGGUACACGCUGUUCCGCCUCUUGUUGCCAGUACACCCCAGGCAUCGACGGAGCAGGCUUCCGUUUCCACUCCCACUUCUACAGGACCCAUCGACACGACUGUCACGACCCCCGGCGCCGCCCUGGCCGCUUCGUCUGUCCCUAGCCUCUCGCCCACCUCGGGCUCGGAUGGCUCGUCGGACGCCAACGGCCCUACCGCCCUUGGGCUCUCGCCUGGCACCCCUCUCACCCCCUCGCAGGCGACUGUGCCCGCAGCGUUCAGCCCGGCCGAGUACCUCGACCUCAACGGUGGAGUCCCUCCGCUCGUGUACGCUGCCGGUCAUCACUACGAGCCCCGCCAGGCGCCCAUGAUGUACGCCCACGCCCCUCUCUCUUGCGUUCCCCCUGCCGGAAUGGUGCAAUACACGCCCGCACCAAUGUACCCUGCGUACGAGUAUGCUGUCCAGCACCCGUGGUGAGCGCGAUGGCCCAGCUGUCGAGCUUGCUCGACACGAGGGUUGCCCUGUCCAUGACACUGGUUGUCAUGGUUAUAACUACACAAAGAGUCUGGCACUCUUCCAUCAUCCACCUAGCUCAUCAUUAUGUUGCACACGCCCCCUCACUUAGUAGUCUUCCCGUAACGACACCCGAGAUGUAUUCAAAUCAUUCACGCAUAGAUACAUCAUGAUGCAUCUCAAUUGCCACCCAUG